CCCUCCCCCACAACCUUUCCCCACGUGAAGAGAGCUCGGCGACAGCAUCCGGGUUCUUGUUCGAUCAGUGGCUGGCAGAACGGGGAGCGCGAGCGCCUCGCAGAAACCGUUGGAACUUUCCAGACGUAGAGCGAGCGCGAGGAGAUGCCCCGAGCCCGAGGCAAAGCCGGCGGUGGGCGGCAGGUGCAGGAGGACGAGGAGGAGCAGUGGGUGGACGGAGAGGAACCGGCGGUGCCCCCACCGUCAGCACCGAGCCAGGACGUCCUUAAAAAAGGGAAGAAAGAUAAGAAGGCCAAGAAAUCGUUCUUUGAGGAGCUGGCAGCUGAUGAUAAGCAAGUUAAAGCAGAAGAAACGGUCAUCAUAGAACAGCAGCAACAGAAGAAAAAACGUGAUAAGAAGAAAGAACGGAACAAAAAGAAGAAGGAUGAGGAUGUUGACAAUGUGAUUGAGAAUCUGACUAAGCUGUCAGUGCCAGCUAGUGAUGAGGAGGAAGAGGAAGAACUAAAGCCAGGACGAGGCAAUAAAAAGACGGGAAACAAAAAGAUGAGCGGGAAUGUCUUUGCGGCUCUAAGUCUGGAGCAGAGUGAAGGUGAAGAUGACGGUGAAGAUGAUGAAACAGAAAGGCAGCUACCCAAAACAAACAAAAGUCAGAAAAAUAAGCCUAUACCUGAGGAAGGUAACAAGAAGCAAGGUAAAAAAGGCAAAAAGGACGAAAGAGGAAAAGCAAAUGAGCAAAAGGUAGAAUCUGAAGAUGAAGAAGAAGAAAAGCCAAGCACACAAAGUAAAAAAGUGGAGAAAUCAAAAGCAAAGCAAAAGGCAUUCUCUGACAAUGAUGAGAUGGAGGAGGAGCAGGAUAAGCGGCCCACUAAAGGAAAAAAUGCAAAAGCUAAAGGAAAGCACAAGCCUGUAAAUGCCUUUGCUGCCCUUGAAAUGGAGGAGGAGCUGGAGGAAGAUCAAGAGCUGGAGGUUGAGAACGAGAAGGACAUAUCCCAGGCCAAGGGAUCCAAAGGCAAUUCAAAAGUCAAGAUUGAAGCAAGUGAAGAUGAAAUGGAAAUGGAUGAAAAGGCUGCGGAGGAGAAGACACCUGAUGACAAGUAUGCUAAUAUGAGCAAAAAAGAGAAGAAGAAACUGAAGAAACAGAUUGAAUUUCAACGUCAAGUAGAUGUACUGAAAUCUUCAAAUGAUGCUGAGGGUGAUUUCUCUGUGUCACAAGCUGAAAAAUCAUCAAGACAAGCCAUGUUGGAGAACGCAUCAGAUAUCAAGCUGGAGAGAUUCAGCAUCUCGGCUCACGGGAAAGAGCUGUUCAUCAAUGCUGACCUGUUCAUUGUGGCUGGUAGGAGAUAUGGUUUAGUUGGACCCAAUGGCAAGGGUAAGACAACGUUGCUAAAGCACAUCCAAAAUCGAGUGCUCAAUAUACCUCCUAAUAUUGAUGUGCUGCUCUGUGAACAAGAGGUAAGGGCCGAUGACACAGCAGCAGUUGACGCAGUUCUGAAAGCCGACAUGAAGCGGCUAAAACUGUUGGAAGAAGAACGGCAGCUCCAGGCUCUCUUAGAGAAAGGAGAUGAUCAAGCUGGUGAAAGACUGCAAAAGGUAUACGACGAAUUGCGAGCUACAGGUGCUGCUGCAGCAGAAGCUAAAGCCCGUCGUAUCCUGGCUGGUCUGGGCUUCACUCCUGAGAUGCAAAAUCGACCUACUAAGAAAUUCUCUGGAGGAUGGCGAAUGAGAGUAUCACUGGCUAGAGCCCUGUUCAUGGAACCCACAUUACUGAUGUUGGACGAGCCCACGAACCAUCUGGACCUUAAUGCGGUCAUUUGGCUUAACAAUUACCUUCAAACCUGGAAGAAAACUCUGCUAAUUGUGUCCCAUGACCAGGGCUUCCUGGAUGAUGUCUGUUCUGAUAUCAUUCACCUGGAUGCACAAAAGCUCUUUUACUACAGAGGGAACUACAAUACCUUUAAGAAGAUGUACCAACAAAAACAAAAGGAACUGCUGAAACUCUAUGAGAAACAGGAAAAGAGACUUAAAGAUCUAAAGGCGGGAGGCAAGUCAACCAAGCAAGCGGAGAAACAGACAAAGGAAGCACUGACACGCAAACAGCAGAAGUGUCGGAAAAAGAACCAGGAUGAGGAGUCAAACGAGGCCCCUGAGCUUCUGAAAAAGCCUCGAGAAUACACUGUAAAGUUUACAUUCCCAAACCCUCCCCCCCUGAGCCCUCCAAUUCUAGGACUGCAUGCUGUUGAUUUUGCGUAUGAAAACCAGAAGCCAAUUUUCAAAAACCUGGACUUUGGUAUUGACAUGGAUUCCAGAAUCUGUAUUGUUGGACCCAAUGGAGUUGGAAAAAGUACUUUGCUGCUCCUGCUCACUGGAAAACUGACCCCUACUGCUGGUGAACAGAGAAAGAACCACAGAUUGAAAAUAGGUUACUUCAACCAACAGUAUGCGGACCAACUCAACAUGGAGGAGACAGCAACAGAGUAUCUCAUGAGAAACUUCAACCUGCCAUACCAGGAUGGGAGGAAAUGUCUUGGGCGCUUUGGCUUGGAGAGCCAUGCCCACACCAUCCAAAUCAGCAAACUCUCAGGUGGUCAAAAAGCAAGAGUUGUGUUUGCAGAAUUAGCUUGCCGACAGCCUGAUGUACUCAUUCUGGAUGAACCCACAAACAACCUGGACAUUGAGUCUAUUGAUGCUUUGGCUGAUGCAAUUAAUGUCUACAAAGGAGCUGUAAUCAUUGUUAGCCACGAUGCCCGGCUGAUCACGGAGACUAAUUGCCAGCUCUGGGUAGUGGAGGAACAGACAAUAAACCAGAUUGACGGCAACUUUGACGAUUACAAGCGUGAGGUGCUGGAAGCACUUGGAGAGACCAUCAACUGCAGGCAGAAGGAUUGAAACCUCACGACUGCGGGUUAAAGUCUUUCUAGCCAUCAAUGUUGAGAAUGAAUAGCAGCACUCAACAAAAUAAAAUUGCAACACGAAGGGGAGCCUAGCCUAUUCGGAAGUCUCACAUUGGUAGAGGCGGAAGUUGUCUACGUCCUUCUGCAGGCUUCUCCCUGAUGUUGUCCUUAACAGUAUUGGGGGAGGUGGGGAGGGAAAUAUGCCAAACAAAGAACUAUUUUCAUUUGAUAAUCUACAGAUGUUCACUUCUCUUUAGAGUGGCGUUGAGCCCUCUGAAUAAUAUGAUUAUAAAUUACUGAAAAUAUUAAAAUAACCCUAGUCAUGGA